CGUUGUUUUCUCUUGUCGUUGCUCUGUUCCGCGACCGUAACUACCAGCUUUUCGCCACGCCUCGUCGGAUUUCUGCUCCGAAUCGCAUCGCCAUGUUUCCCACAUUGUUCCGACUGGCGUCCCAGGCCAGCGAAGCAGCAGAAUCGUCCGUGCCAGCAGCAUCCGGCCCCUUCCAAUUAAAGAAAGUCUGGCCGCCCGACUUCACCAAGCUCAGUCCCCAGGCGCAAUUGCGAUUCGAGAAGAAAUACAAGCGGAGAGUGGCCCUCAAGCAUGCGCGGCCAAGGUGGAACAAGGCGAUCAAACUCGUCCAGCUUGUCACCGUGACAGGGGCCCUCGGAGCGCUCUUUUUUACAGAGACUACACUCUUCGGUCGACCAUACCGGCCCUCCGACCAGGUAAGCAAAAGACGGAUCUUGACCGUUUCGUCGAGGGCAACAGGCAACGGGCUAAUGGAGCGACAACAGGCCAUUAAGUACGUCAAGAGUGUGUUCGGCGCCGUGGAUCCAGAGAAACGAUACGAGCGACGGGCAGACGCGCCGGCAGCCCCUUCUCCACGAAACGAACCCAAGUAGUCGACAGCCCGGGAUUUUGCAACAUGUAUCAUAUAUAACUUACAACACAAUAUGCGGGGGGCGGAGUCCAAGGUGCUGAUGUUUUGAUCGCAUACCCAUUUGGCGCUUGAGAAGACCCGGCCGGCGGCUUUUCUUCAUGUACACAUAAAUCCAUAAUCUAUAUGGCGGG